AUGGAAUCAGAGUUUAUUGCUUUUGAUAAAGCAACGGGAAAAGCUGAAUGGCUUCACCAUUCCAUUGAAGAUUUGCCAUGUGCAACACUCUGCAAAAGCAUCAACAGAGCAACUGGAACUUUUCUUGCCAGUUCUCUGGACUUUGCAGUGCUCAAAAUGACAAUUCGUCCUUUUUUUACCGCUUCAACAGCAACUUUCUCGCGAUUCAUUCCAUCAUUCAAAUCAAGGUUCGACUACGGUGCCAUGAUCUUCGUACUCACCUUCAGCUUGGUGUCGGUCUCAAGCUAUCAUGUAGAUAGAUUGUUUGCAAUGGCACAUCAUAGAGUGGCAACGAUUGUCAUUGGAACCACCAUCUGCAUUCUUACAAGCAUGAUCUUCUGCCCCGUUUGGGCAGGCAACGAGCUUCACUUUCUCAUAAAUCGAAACAUGGAAAAACUUGCAGAUUCCUUGGAUGGAUGUGUAGCAGAGUACUUCAACGACGAUGGAAAUGCGAACGAGCAAGAUUCCACAAAAAAAGAUUCCGGGAAAAAGCUGCUAGGCAAUAAGUUUAAGAAGGUUUUGACCUCGGCUGACGACGCAGUCCUUGCAGAAAUUAAGACUGCACUAAAGUACUUUGGUCGUCCAAACGUACAAAAACAAAGUAGAGCCGCCCACAUUCUUCUGUGGUAUGAGCCUACCUAUACUACGUUCUCGGCCGCAGACAACAUUCCGAUCCCAACCGGCGAACAACACCAUACGGCUCUUGUCUUCCCUAACUUCAAGUCUCUUCGGCAAAUUGGUCUCAAAACUCCUGAUUCGGAGCAAAACUUAGAGCCGGUGAUCGAGGUAGUCACCAAAUCAAUCAGGGAGUUCGCUACCGAGGUCGAAAAAGUUGACGAAGCCUAA